AAUUAUCAUUUCCCAUCUUGAUCUGCAGAUAAAACCAAAAGGAGAACAUCAAAUGAUUUCUAGAAUACAGUGGGAUUAUAAUAAGAUGGAAUUCCCCCAUCAGAGUCCAUGUAGGCAAAUAGGUCAUGUCUGGACACAAUUUCCUUGAUGAAAGCUACAGUAUCAGAGGAAGAUUGGGAGAAGGCUGAGUUCCGCAAAUGGCAGUGCUGUAGAGUUUCAUGACAUCUCGUCAGGAGGGCUUAUCCCUAGGAAGCUCACAAAGAUAUCCCCAGAGGAUUUUAACCAUGUUUUUCUCCUAAUGUACUUUGGGAUUCAUCUUCAAUUCACCUUCAAAAUAAAAUUUCCAGAUUUUUAUUUCCUACAAUCAGGACCUGCUUAGUGCCUUCAGGUUGGUUGUUGAAAAGCUAUAAACAAAAAGCUCUUGUUUCUAUAGCUUCACUUUUGUUCCAACUCAAAUCAGUGUCUGAACCAGCCACAAUGCCUAGUGACCAGAAUGGAACCUGGGAAAUGGAGAGCAAUGACAACUUUGAAGGCUACAUGAAGGCAUUAGAUAUUGAUUUUGCCACCCGCAAAAUUGCCAAGCACCUAACUCAAACAAAGAUAAUCGAACAAAAUGGUGAUAACUUCAAGACAAAAACAAAUAGCACAUUCCGCAACUAUGAUUUGGAUUUCACUGUUGGAGUUGAAUUUGAUGAGCACACUAAAGGACUGGAUAACAGACAUGUGAAGACUCUAGUGACCUGGGAUGGGGAUAAGCUUGUGUGUGUGCAGAAAGGAGAGAAGAAUAACCGGGGAUGGAAGCAAUGGAUUGAAGGAGGAAAACUGCACUUGGAGUUGACAUGUGAAGACCAAGUGUGCCAUCAAGUAUUUAUAAAGAAGUAACAGUUGACUGGGAAACCUGUUGAAUUACCAGUUAGGAAUUAUUUCUUGUGUUUUGUGAAAAAAGUUUCAGAACUUCCUCCUACUCUUAACAUGGCUUUGGGAAUGAGUCUGUGUGGAGUAUUAAGCAGAGGGAAAUGUGUGGGAACGUCAAGCAAAUAUUUCUUCUUUCUGAGCUGGCAUUAAAAUAAACAGUUUUAAAAA